CGACAGAGAGAGCAAUACUAUAAGCGAUUAUGUCAAAGGACAUUCGUUAACAGCGGUCACCUGUAAUCAAACUACCUGAAAAGUUAUGAUUCUGGAGUUGAUAUUACGGAAAUUUUUGUAUAAAAGCCAGAAUUUUUUCAGAAGUCUUCACUAGCGAUUUCGUCGUUAACGAAAAUACAUCGGUGUUUUUCUGUGAUUCUAAAACUCAAAUUUAGCCUCAAUAGAGUUCUUGUGUGCCUUUUGUGAAAGAACGUUAAAAAUUUUUAAAAUAAAAUUAACGAUAGUCAAAAAAUUUUAAAAUAACAUUAAAAUUUUUUUUAAAUACUUGAGUCAUAACCAUCCAUAUAACCAUCAGAUCGUGCAUAAUCUUACAUAGAAGAACUAAAAUCCUUUGCUCAAAAACUAACUGCAAGAAAAUAUGGCUCAAAGUGAUAGUCCGGCAGAAGUUUUCAAACGCGGGGACAGUUUUGAAAUGCUCGCAGCGUGUCAGAAUGCUUUGCAUUCUAUUAAGCAACCCGAUGGACCUCUGGCUCACCAGAGGUGGAGCACCGGUGAGGUGUGGGUAAAUUACAAAGAUCAGCUUAUUGCACAUCAUAAUCAACCCAGCGUCAGAGCAGAGGCAGAGGCACUUUUUAGGCAAGGGCAAACAUUUGUUGACAUGCUUAACUGGAAAAUCUUUUUGCAAGCAAAUAAAAAAUUUGAUGAAUAUGAACGGUUGUUAAACGCUGUGGUACGCCAGAACGAACAGGACCAACGCAGUAAACAAAACAAAAAUAAAAAGGCGCCUCAGGCGCCUCGUAUUACCAUAAAAUAUGUCGCCAUAAAUCGUCUGAAUAUUUCACAGUCGGAAUUGGUGAAGAAAUUGCAACGUUAUGUUGUCGCACCACAACUAUUGCGCACCUACGGCUUUCCUGUAGAAAGCAUUAAAUUCCGCGGUAAAGUAACCAUAUACAAAAAGUUACCAUGCCUUUCAUAUGAAGCGUCCACCAACACUGACGACAAUGAGGAUCCAAUUGAGUUGGAGCGUCAAUUCGUGCCGGAUGAAGAUAAUAUGAAGAAGCAAUGCGUACGCUGUGAACGUACUUUCAAGGUCACACAAUCUGGCUUUUAUGUAACGCUCGAGAAUUGCACCUUCCAUUGGGGUAAAUUGUUUACAUUAAGAAAUACUGUUCAAUAUACCUGUUGUGCAGGUUCUGAAGAGUCAGUGGGUUGUACCACUAAUUCAGUGCAUGUGUGGAACGGCGUUGUGUCCGGCAUAAAUGGUCCUUAUAACAAUUUCGUACGCACGACAAGCGGUCCACAGUCCGCCGAGGCCAAGGUGUAUGUUUUGGACUGUGAAAUGAGUUACACUGCAAGUGGACUGGCUGCGACCAAAGUUACUGUGAUUGACUUUGAUGGUCAGUUGGUUUAUGAGCACUUUGUGCGACCCAUUGCUGAUGUUGGAGACUACAACACGCGUUUUUCCGGUGUGCGCGCGAGAGAUGUAUAUCGGCGCAAUAAAAAUGUAAAGACUCUUCGCCAGGUGCAGCGUGAUUUGCUGAAAAUCAUCGACGCCAACACUAUAUUGAUUGGACAUGGUUUGGAGAAUGACUUACGCGUAUUGCGUAUUCUUCAUAAGACAGUUGUGGAUACGUCCAUUGUGUUUCCACAUUAUAAUGGGUUUCCCCAUCGCCAUUCCCUUAAAUAUUUGGCAAAAACGUACUUGAAUCGUUACAUACAAUUACGCGGCCGAAAUCAUGAUAGUUUGGAGGAUACUCGUAUAUGCUUAGAACUGAUGCUGUGGAAAGUGGGCAUCGACAUGAAAUAUUUGGAAAAGGUGCCACGUCCCUUCUAUGCAAGGCAUACCAACAGCGACGACAAUGAGGACCCAAUUCGGUUGGAGCGACAAUUCGUGCCGAACAAGAAUGUAAUGGAGAAGCAAUGCGUACGCUGUGAAAGUACCUUCUCGGUCACAAGUGCUGGUGUAUAUGUAACCCGCGAGAAGUGCACCUUCCAUUGGGGUAAAUUGCUAAAAGUUCCUACCAGUUAUAACAAUUACAAAAUGCAAUACGCUUGUUGUGAGGGUAGCAAAGAGUCAGUAGGUUGCACCACAAAUUCAGUGCAUGUGUGGACCGGCGCUGUGCCCGGCAUUAAUGGUCCUUAUGCUGAUUUCAUACACACCCGGCAACAAUCCGACGAACCCAAAGUGUAUGCGCUCGAUUGCGAAAUGAGCUUCACUGGACGUGGAAUGGCUGUGACCAAAGUGACUGUGAUUGGCUUUGAUGGUCAGUUGGUUUAUGAACAUUUUGUGCGCCCCAUUGCUGAGAUUGUCGACUAUAAUACGCGUUUCUCUGGUGUGAGCGAGAGAGAUGUUUGUAAAUUUUAUAACAAGGAUGUGAAGACACUCGGCGAGGUGCAGCGUGAUCUGCUGCAAAUAAUCGACGCCAAUACUAUAUUGAUUGGACAUGGUUUGGAGAAUGACUUAAGGGUGCUACGAUUGGUGCAUAAGACAGUUGUGGAUACGUCCAUUGUCUUUCCGCAUACCAACGGUUUUCCUUUCCGCAAUUCUCUUAAACAUUUAACAAAGACAUAUUUGAAUCGCGACAUUCAAUUAGACGGUCAGAGUCACGAUAGUUUAGAGGAUACUCGUGCCUGUUUGGCACUGAUGCUGUUUAAGGUUACCACCGACAUGCAGCGCUCAUAAGUGGUCAUCCAUUGUAAAGUCAAUGGGUACGUUUGUUUGGUGAUCCCCUGUAGCAACGCUGUGGUGGCGUGGCUUCUACCAAAUGAAGCAUGCUCUGCGUUGAAUUUCUCAUCGCAUUGAGAGCAUUUCGUGCUUCCUCAUUCGACGCAACUGCGUCAAGUUCCCCAAAAUUCCAAAGGUGUCUUGCCACGGAAUUUAUUUUGCUGUCAUUUCCUCUUAAAAUAUUAAUCAAUAGCGCUUUGUCGUCAAUCUGGUCCAC